AAAAAGUAAAAAAGAAGCUCUCCCUCUCACUCACUCAUUCUCUUUCACGCCCUCACUCCCACAAUGGUCUCUCACUCUCUUUCCCACUUCUCCUUCUUUUUCUUCGUGCUUGUUCCCUUGCUUUCUCUUCCGCACCCAGUUCUCUGUCAGUGCAAGAGACCUCCGGUUAUCUUCAACUUCGGCGACUCCAACUCCGACACGGGCGGACUCGUUGCCGGGCUCGGUUUCCCUGUCAAUUUGCCCAAUGGCCGUACCUUCUUCCGCAGAUCAACCGGCAGGCUCUCCGAUGGACGCCUCCUGAUCGACUUCCUGUGCCAGAGUUUGAACACCAGUUAUCUGAGCCCAUACCUGGAUUCCUUGGGGUCCAAAUUCACAAAUGGGGCAAACUUUGCAGUUGUGGGGUCCUCUACUCUCCCUAAAUAUGUACCCUUUUCUUUGAACAUUCAGCUCAUGCAGUUCCUUCAUUUCAAGGCACGCACCCUUGAACUUGUUACCACAGGUUUGGGAAAUUUGAUCAAUGAUGAGGGUUUCAAGAAUGCUCUUUACAUGAUUGAUAUGGGGCAAAAUGACAUUGUUGAUUCAUUCUUCAAGAAUUUAACAUAUGCGCAAGUCAUUAAAAGAAUCCCAUCAAUCAUUACAGAAAUCAAGAAUGCUAUCAAGACAUUAUAUGAUCACGGUGGCAGGAACUUUUGGAUACAUAACACUGGACCGUCGGGUUGUCUACCUCAAAAACUGUCAUUAGUUCAAAAAAAGGAUUUGGAUCCGCAUGGAUGCCUUUCAAGCUACAAUUCUGCUGCAGAAUUAUUCAAUGAAGGACUGCGCCAUUUAUGCGUAGAGAUGAGAUCUGAACUGAGGGAUGCCAAUAUAGUCUAUGUAGAUAUAUAUGCCAUCAAGUAUGAUCUCAUCGCCAACUCCGCCCAAUACGGUUUCUCAAGUCCACUAAUGGCAUGUUGCGGCAAUGGAGGUCCUCCAUACAAUUACAAUAUAAGGGUGACAUGUGGUCAGCCUGGCUAUCAGGUCUGCGAGGAAGGAUCCAAGCUCGUAAACUGGGAUGGGAUCCAUUACACAGAAGCUGCAAAUUCCUUUGUAGCAUCAAAAGUGCUUUCCACAGCUUAUUCUACACCACGUACCACGUUUGAUUUCUUUUGUCGUGCUUGACCGUUUAGGGAAAUAAUUCCUUAGUGCGCAAGCCAUGAAGUUCAUUGUAACGAUGAAACAUGCAUGAUUAACUUUGUAAAAGGGAAGGUUUUGGUCAAUGUCAAGCAGAAAAGUGUGGAAGAGUUGCCUCCA